GCGGAUCAGUUUGACGGUUGUAGUGCGAAAGUGAAGAUCGACGGAGCAGACGACACGACAAAAUCGACGAGAACACACUGACUGGAAGUGAUUAACAGUGCCGAUACGUGAGAACAUAGUUGGAAUCUGAACGGAAGAAUAAGGAAGCUUAAGGUGUUUCCGGCGGUGGUUGAUUCUAUCGAGUUGAUACAAACAAUAAGCCGAGUGUGUUAAUUUGAUAGAUCGAGAACAACUGGAGUCUCAUUAGAAGAGUGACAAAUUAGACGGGCCAGCGAGGAGGAGUGCAGCGCAGGAGGGAAACAAUGAGAUCAUUACUGCUAAUUGCGGCAGUGCUCGUCGCUGGAGCACUGGCCUUGGAAGCCGGCCAACAAUGUGCACCAGGAAGCACAUUCAAACUGGACUGUAACACAUGCCGCUGCUCGGUGGAUGGCAAGGUUAUGUCCUGCACGAGAAAGUUCUGCGUCCCGGAGGAGCAGGGGGAUGAUCCUAAGGUACAAUCGGCGGCAGCGGAGGAAGUGUCCAAUGGGCAGCAGGAUUUAGCUGCUGAAAAGGAGGAAGAGCACGUGCAUACCAACGGACAGGUGUGCACUCCGAACGAGGUGAAGAUGGAGGACUGCAACCGCUGCAAGUGCGCCGCCAACGGUAUUGGCUGGUUCUGCACGCGCAGAUCCUGCCCCCCGCGGGAGAAACGCUCAACCGAUGCUGUGCAGCCAGCCUUCCAGUGCACCCCGGGAUCAUCGUUCAAGAGUGCCGAUGGAUGCAAUGACUGUGUCUGCGGUCCAAGCGGUAUCGCUGCUUGCACGAUGAAGUUCUGCUUCUCCAAUACCAAAACGAAACGGGACGUUGCUCAGCAGCCACCGCAGAACAAAUGCGUUCCCGGAAGUUCGUUCAAGAGUGCCGAUGGAUGUAACGAUUGCUUCUGCACGGAUAAUGGCAUCGCAGCCUGCACGAUGAAGUUCUGUUUCUUCAAUCAACCAGCACCCAAGUCGAAACGCGAAGCAAUGCUUCCGGAGAAGCAAUGUGAACCAGGGAUCAACUUCAAGCAUGCCGAUGGAUGCAACGACUGCUUCUGUACGGAGACCGGUGUUGCCGCUUGCACGGCUAAACUCUGCUUUAUGAACCCCAGAACGAAACGGCAAGUAGCAAAGGCAGAUAAGCAAUGUGUAUCGGGUACUUCGUUUAAGAGCGCUGAUGGAUGCAACGAUUGUUUCUGUGGUGACAAUGGCAUCGCUGCUUGUACGAUGAAGUUCUGUUUCUUCGAUGAACCGGUUGUCAAUCGACAGAAGCGUGACGCAAGUGACAAUGAAGAAAAUUGCGUUCCUGGAACGCAGUUUUUGGACAAAGACGGAUGCAACACGUGCUUCUGCACUGAAACUGGCCAUGCGGCGUGUACGGAGAAGCUGUGCCUGACCAACCCACGCACCAGACGGUCGGCGGACAACGAAGAACUGCCCAUUUCGGAAGUUGCUCCCGGUGCUCCAGGCUUCACGUGCAAUCCAGGCAAGAGCUUCAAGUACCAAUGCAAUAACUGCCGGUGCGACACGGACGGACAGUCGGCGGCAUGUACGUUCAAAUUCUGUUUGCCAGGAGAGUACUAAAGUGUGAGGCGUCGUAAAUCCAGUACGUUAAGAUGAUUUAUUACCAUUUGUUAAGAUACCUCCUCGUUGUGUGCAGUUUGUGAAAAGCUAUAAAGAUGCUCUCUAGGAGAAGAGGACACCCAAUAAAGUUUAGUUUUGUUACAACUCUCAGUUCAUAACUA